GCGCAUGCGUAGUCAUGUGGUGGAACCAACAUCCCUGCUGCUCUGCUGCGGAGUAGAAAUGUAACUUAGUUGAUAUGCUAUGAAGCUAACACGGAAACAGGUUCUCGCGAAGGCUAAGGCCUCCGACUUGGAAAGCGUGAAGAAAUUGAACUGCUGGGGAUGCAACCUGACUGAUAUAUCCAUCUUCUCUCAAAUGGCCAACAUUGAGGUGCUGACACUUAGUGUCAACAGCAUCUCGUCUCUCUCUCCUCUGGCUGGCUGCCUGUUUCUGUGUGAGCUGUACCUGAGGAGGAACAAGAUCCCCUCACUCUCUGAGCUCUCCCAUCUGCGUCCAUUGACGCGCCUCAGAGUGCUCUGGUUGGCUGAGAACCCCUGUUGUGGAACUGACACCAGCCAGUAUCGCCUCACUGUACUGCGCUGCCUGCCUCGCCUCCAGAAGCUCGACAACCAAGUAGUGACAGAGGAUGAGAUUGCACUCGCUCUCAUGGAGGGGGAAGAGGUCACCACCCCCCUAGGCAGUGUUCAAAACCAGCCUUCUACCAACGGACUUCCAGAUACAGAGACAGAGAAUGACCCGCUCAAUUAUAACAUGGAGGAGACCAACAAAAUCAGGGAGGAGUUGGGGAUGAAACUCCUCUCCAGAGACAAGUUCCUUUCUCUUUCCUCUCCUUCAACCAGAGAAAACAAAUCAUCAAUGAAAAAGACACACAUUCUCGAUGCAGUUCUGCUGCUGCUGAAGGAUUUGGAUGAAGAGGAGCUUCACAUUGUGCACACAGCUACUCAAAACAGACUCCAGUGUUACACACUGGAGCCAGAAACACUAAUAGAGUCACUACAGACACAGAAAAGUGCUGACAUCCAACAUUGACACAUUUCAUAGCCUCUCUUUGCAUAUUUAACCCAAACCUCAUUCUUGGGCAUCACAAACCCCCUUCCUUUUUUUUUUUAACCUUCCAAUUGCUGUAUGCAUGGCACAUGAUGUAGUUUCACUGAUUAAGUUCCCCAACUUUAUUAUUAUUAUUUUUUAUUUUUUUAUUUUAAAUAGCAGCAUGCCUAACUGCCUUGUACAAAUUAACAAA